CUCCAGAGGACAGUUCUGCAGAAGAGGAGGAACAGAAAGUCUCAAGAAGCACAUCAGCCAAUUCAGGAAGGAAAACCAGGAUCGUUAGUGAGGAGGAGGACGACACGGAAGGCCAAACCACACGAUGCAAACCUCCUGUAAGCUCAGAUGAAGACAAAGGAGACAGUUCCCAGAACCACCUGCACCAAAACGGACAAAAUGUGAAAGAAUCUUUCCCCAGGGACUCAAAGAGAAAAAGUAAAGUUCUGCCAUCAAAAAGCCAAGACAAACAAAACUCUGCCUCAACCGAUAAAGGUGCAGAAUCAGAGGAACUCAGUAAUUCUCAGAAGAGAUCCAGCCCACACAAGAAGGGAGGGAAAAAUCCCUCCAGUGACGGGUCUGAUUUCGAAAUAAAGAGGACGAGAAAUAAAAGCAAAAGACCUCGAUGCAACACGUCCGCUUCGGAGAGUUCGGAGCAAGAGUACGCUCCUCGGCGCAAGUCGAGGAGGAAGCGCUCCACUGGAUCGUCUGAAGAAGAGUCCGAUCAGUCCGAUGACGCAUCGAACCGACGUCUGAACCUUCGAGCUCUACCGAAAAAGAAAUACAUCAUGGACAACUCUCUCUCUGAGGACGACUCUGCCCCAGCAAACCAGCAGAGGCAAAGAAACGGUAAAAAGAGAGACACCGAAUCAAGCGAAGACCGAUACAAUACACAUCUGUCCAACAGGAAGGCGCCCAACGAAGCCAGGAAUCAGCUCUCCUCCAAGAGGAAACGGAUGUGCACCUCCGAGUCUGACGAGGAGGAUGAAGAUGGAGAGAGGAAGCCAGUAAACAGUAGAAACAACGGCUCACGCUCCUUAAAGCACUCCAAACAGGAAUCUAAACAAGAGAGCGACUCUACGUCCCACUCCGAAUCCAGCCAGGAGGAGCGCGUCGCUUGUUUGAGGAACAACAGGAGGCGGUCGAAACCGCAACGCAAAAAAAGCUGCAGCAGCAAAAACAGUUCAGAAAGCGAGCAGUUGUCCUCUGCCUCUGAAAACUCUUUUGCCAGCUCAGGGUCCCACAGCAGUCCAAAGAGGAGGAGUCGCGCACGGACACGGAUCAGCGAAAGGCCUGCAAGCCGCCAGCUGAGACAGCGCCGCCCGCAGGUCGCCUCGGAGGAAGAGGACAGCGACCAGUCGUACGGCAAGUUGUACGGCAAGCCGCGGCGGAAAACGCGCGUCAACACCCGCAACCGCGGGAAGCGGACGGUCAAUUAUCAGGACAGCGAAUGACUGCGGCGGCGGCAGGCUUUACUGGGGAAGGCGGACAUUUACCGGACAGGUUAAGGACGUAAUGAUGGUAGUAGCACUGGAGUCUGAAGAAAUUGCUGUGAAUCUGUUUAAUUCAGGGAUAUUUAUAUUUUCUAUGAAAAACAAAACAAAAUAAAAACAUGUUUAUAGAUGUUAUACAAAUUCAAGCAUUUGAACUGCUGGUUUUUCAUAACGUCACAGAGCAGAUCACCUCCUCCCAUCCUGCUUGUUGCAAUUUGGCCAGCAGAAGACUGGUUCUGGGGAAUCUCGUCAGCUCGGGUGCUAUCUAAUAUACCUCUGUUUAAUCAAGCAUAUUGCUGGCUUGCACUAAGAAACACUGUAAGGAGGUAUUUAAUACACUAGUUUUGCAUUAGAAUCUCAGGGGUCAACUAAGUUUACUGUAGUCUGGAGACAUGCAGUUGUUUUUGAGCUUGAGGUGAGGACGAGAGAUGAUUUCAGGUCGGCACACGUCCGAGCACACCGACCGGAACCAACUAAUAAUCCACGACUACAGCACUCCCAUGUAAAUCCACACACUUAAAGCUUGACUGUAUGGAGAUAACGAGCCAAAUGAACAGAAAUUCUCUUCCCAACACAUUUCUUUCUUUAGUCAUAUUUUUGUUCAAUUUGUUUUGUAUUCUAGUGAAUAGAUGUAAAUAUGUGAUUGAGAAUGAAAUUGAACGACUUGACGAUCAGUCAGUAGCAAAGUGUUUAUUUAAGAUUGAGGGAUUCUUUUUAUUUCUUACCUUUUUAAUUGCCACAUGUCAUGGACUGGUACCUUUUUUUUUUGUUUGCCAAGUGCAUUAGUACUUAAAGCAAAAUGCAAUGAUUUCUCAUAUUGGGAAGCCCUUUAAUUGUCUUGUGUUACCUGUUUUCAGUAUUAAUUUUUUUUGUGUUGACUUAAACUUUUUUUUUGAGGUUUCCUAAUACAGUUGGUUGAUUUGUUUUUCCUUAAUGUCUUUCGUACUACAUCUUUAAUAACUUCACAGGAAUAUUAUUGAUGCAAUGUGGUCGUGGAGUGCAAUGAAUGACAUAUUCCUUCUGUUAAUAAAGACAUAAGUUCAAAACACA